CAGUACUCCUUUACUCAAUGUGUGGUACUAUGAGAGCACUGGUAGCUGUAUCUGUUCUUUUGGCGUUGGCGUUGACGCUGACUUGCGCCAGUGUGCCAACGAGGGACAGCAGUGGACGACGCUGGACCUGUGAUGAGAGCGAAAAUGAGCCAGGAGCGAAGUUGGCCAUGAUUAGCAUCAACAACAAUCAUUUCCAUGGAUACAAGUUCCAGCUCAGUAAGAUAAACUCUGGCACGGUGGAGAAGGGUGAGUCAGACUGUAAAUUACACCUAGAACUGGACCUUCAGGAAACAACUUGUCACAACAUCAACCCAACACCUUUUCAAGAAUGUGAAGUCCGCACGCAUAGUGAAACGCAAGUGAAAGCUCAAUGCAAUGUGACCUUGACUAUCACAGAAGGCAACAGUACAGAGGUCUCUAAACACUCCUGCAAUACUGAACCAGUUUCCGCUGAGGAGCUGAUCCGCAUGUGCCCGGAGUGCCCCGUUCUGCUGCCCCUGCAUAGCCCAGAGGGCCUGGAGAGUGUGAAGGCAGGCCUGAUCAAGUUCAACAUGGACCAUAACUACACCUCCUACUUCAAACUGAUGGAAGUGGGGAGGAUAACAUCAGCGUACAUUAUGAGGACUGGAAUGAUCUACAAAGCUGAGUUUGCAGUUGUGGAGACUAACUGCAAUGCAAGGAGCAAGAUAGAGACACAGGCCUGCAUGCCACUGUGUCGCAAUGACACUCGCUAUGGUUUCUGUAUAUCCACGUUGGAUCCGAAUGGGGAGGUGGAUAUCGAUUGUACAAUUUAUGAAGCGCUGAACACCAGUUCUAUCCAUAUCCGUGGAAGGAAAUGUCACCUUGGACACCGCUUCUUUCCCUGGCUACACAGGCCUCUACCUGGUCAGCCAGGCCUUCCACCAGGCUUCCCAGGUAAGCCAGGCCCUCCACCGUUCUUCCCAGGACAGCCAGGCCCUCCACUGUACCUCCCGGGUCCUGGUUCUCAUGGAGAGUCCAGACCCUCUGGACAUGAGUUCCCCUUCCCCCACUGUCACGGCUUUGUGAAAAUCCCCCCUUCCAUCCACCCUCUUUGCCCCUUCCCACCCCGUCACCACCACCGCCCACAUGGCCAUGGUCCUCCGCCUGGACACUCUCCACCCCCUCACCCUCCACAUGGUACUGGACAGGGUCCUCCGCCUGGACACUCUCCACCCCCUCACCCUCCACAUGGUACUGGACAGGGUCCUCCCCCUGGACACUCUCCACCCCCUCACCCUCCACAUGGUCCUGGACAGGGUCCUCCCUCUGGACACCCUCCACCACCUCACCCUCCACAUGGUAUGGGACAAGGUCCUCCCCCACGUGGCCAUGUCUGAUCACAUGCCUAAAUGUUGGAUGGUUGAAGUUUGAUGUAAAACAGUAUAGCAGAUGUUCUAUCGUUAAGAAUAAUGAGCAUAAUACUGUAUUACAGCGAAAUAUCUGUUGUUCGCAGUAUGUGGCUCAAUUUCAGAGUAUUUGUGAAUGCAUUUAAUGAAUAAAAAUGACCUGAUACUGAUUGGCUUUACCUGCA